GUUUAUGGAAAAGAAAGUUUUGGGGUUUUUUUGUUUUUGUUUUUUGCUUUUCCUGUUGAUGCGUUUCAAUUGUUUAAUUGAUCAAGAUUUGAAAACAACAACAACAACAAAAAGUUUUAUUUUAGGUUUUUAUAUCCAAAAUUUUAGGAAAAUGUGAUUUUGGUGUUUGGUACCGCAUGGAAAAAUUAUGUUGCACAUGAAACAUCACAAUGUUAAGAUGAUGCGAAACAGACCCAGAAGCAGCCCUCACUUGUCUUCUCUCUUUUUUCUUUGUGUAGAAAACACAAGUUUUGGACCUGAAAACUUGACCGGAGGCACAACAAACAAUACCACUAUGCAGCCUAUGGAGUGCUUUGCGAUCUUUUUAAUAUGCAUUUUCAUUGCUACCUUCAUUGUUGGUUUCAUUGGAAAUGGGCUUGUCAUAUUUCUGACUGGCUGCAGAAUGAAGACGACAGUCAACUCUAUUUGGUUUCUCAACUUGGCGAUUGCAGACUUCAUCUUCAUAUUAUCCAUGAUGAUAUUACCUUUUAUUGUCAACUUUUCAUCCUUAAUGUACGUUAUCUCCAUGGUGAUAUCACUGAACCAGUUUGCUAGCAUUUAUUUUCUUGUAGUGAUCAGUCUGGACCGAUGUCUGUGCACAACAAUGGUUGUUUGGGCUCAAAAUAACCGAACUGUACUGAGAGCCAGGAUCAUCUGCGUGAUUGUGUGGGUUUUAUCCAUCAGCUGCAGCAUCCCUUUCUUCGUGAAUGAGUUUCCUACUACAUUUCUGGUCACAUAUGAAUUUUUUGUAGGCUUUCUCAUCCCCUUCCUGAUCAUUGCAUCUUCACACAUUGCUGUUGGAGUACGAAUCAAACGCCUCAGAAUAGGGAAGCAGCACAGGUCGUACCGGGUCAUUAUCGCUAUCAUCCUGACUUUUUUCAUAUGUUGCUUUCCAUACCAUGUUUGCAUUUUUUUUGUAAUAAAAAUGGAUAACUGGGGUGCCAGUGAUGAAGUAUUUCUGACAGCAUUUGUGUUCAGUCACUAUCUGGUUUUUCUAAACAGCUGUCUGAACCCCAUUCUCUAUGUGUUCAUGUGUGAUGAAUAUAAGAAGAAGCUGAAACAGUCUCUGCUGCUGGUGUUGGAGACAGCGUUUUCUGAAGAACAUCUGAUCUUUAAAGGAAGGCAGAUACAAAAGGACGAGCAGAACACAAAAAACACCUUUGAAUUGUUAGAUAUGUAGAAAAACUAAAUGAUUGUGACCACCAUAACUAUCAGUUUCAGUUCUGUGCCUCAGUUUUCUCUUGUUUCUGUUAGUCUUUGUAGGUUACAAACUGUUUGAUUACGUGGUCACAUGGUGUUUCAUGUUUCUUUGAUUGGUUUGUUUUGUCUAUUUCAGCCCUGUUUUUCUUUCAGUUCAUUGUAAGUUCUGCUUCACUUUGUUCAAGUUUGUUAUUCUCUGUUUCUUUUGUUAAUAAAAUACAGACUGCUGCAUUUAGAUCUGUUUCUCCUCAUUGCAACCAAAUUGUGACAAUUGACCUUUUUCACAGACUGUGAUGACGUUUUAACGGUCAUCAGCAUUGUAAAUCCUGCAAAGUUUUUUUUAUAUUUUCUUUUUUUUUUUUUAUUAUGUAUAAUAUGUAUAACUCUAUACUUUGUAUUAUAUUACCUUUGCAUCAAAUUACAAAAAAAAAAAAAAAAAAAAAAAUAGUUAAUGCUGCACUGAGAAUACAAUGACUGUGGAAGUGACAGUAAAAUCGACAUCUUUCUCUCUUCUGUUGUCAGUCUCUCUAUAUUUUUUUCCUCUUUUUGAAAGUUGUGAAAACGUGUGGCAGUUUUCUUUUGCUAUUUGAGCAAAUGCGAACACAAAUAUAUUUAAUGAAGCCUCUCAUUCAUCGCUAUAGAAGUUUAUCCAACUAUGACGACUGAGAAACCCCGGAAAUGUGAAAAGGGUCAAUGCUAUUUAGAUUUUUAUACAAAAACAUUCAUUAAUAUGUGUAAUUUGUGCAUAUGUAAUAUAAAAACAAACGAGACUGCUGCAAAAUUCAUAGAAAGUUACAUUCAGCCAAUGUUGGGAGAGGAAUUUUUAUUUAUUUAUUUAUUUUAUUUUUUUUGCAUAUCAACAUGCAUAUCCAUUAUUU